GUUUUCACAGAACAUUUAUUUAAAUCGAAUACAAAGUAAAGCCCCAGUUAACAAUUCAUACAUAUCAUCAGAUAUAUCAUCAGUUAUGCUUGAAUCAAUUUUUUACUGGAAAGGCAUUACCCACAGACAAUAUUCUGGAAAUGUUAAGACUUGAAUAUCGUUCAAUCUACCAUUAGUGAUCUUGCAGUCGUCGAGUGAAAAUGAUCAAUUGUUAUGCUCGAAAAAGUUAUUGUUGAUACAAAGAAAAUUGUGAAGAAAAAAUGAAACUUAAAAUUACAAAAAUUUGUUGGUCGAGUCUGAUUCUUGUGUUUUAUGUGAAUUCUGUGCAUACUCAAUUUGCAAAAGGUGUUGUGAAAAACAAUGUGUUUUCCCAUUACAUGAAUAAAUCAUCCGGUGGAUCCUUAGAUCAUUCCGUUUUCAAUCAAAAUACAACAAACUUUGGAUAUUACAAAAGCACAAUAAACCCAACAAUGACUUCACCACUACCGUACAGUAUGCUAGCAGCCAUUAACCCAACAACCGGUGUCCAUAGAUCGAAUUAUCGUUUACAAAAACCAGGCUCAACAGCCUGGAACGGAGAAACGGCUAAACCAGUUAUUGCGUAUACUCUUCCGCCCAAUAUGAAAUUAAAAUUAGAGAAUGCUGUUCGUCAAGGACAUCUGGGCUCUCGGUCGCGUACCACAAAAAAGAUGAAUACAGCCACAACGCCGGAUUAUGAAGCGCCCGAAUUGAACGGCAUUAUUAUAAAAAAUUUCAUUAAUCACCUGUCUACAACAAAAGCAAAUAUUGAAAGUACCAUUCCGAAUCCAAAUCAAUUUUAUACGACUCCAUCGUCCGUCGGAGGUGACACCGAACCACUAAUGAUAAUGAACUCAAAUGCAUUUUUUCCGGCGAGUGAAAUGAACUUGAAUAACAUGAAUGACGGUAUGAAACAUGAACAGCAGGAUGACGAAAGUCCACCAAUUAUAGUUGCCGGUCCUACGAAUACUAACCAAAUACCAGCUCAAUAUCACAAUGCUAUAAAUUCCAGUCCUACCGUAGCCCAAGCACCUCCCUUAAAAUACCAUCAAGUAACUCCACAGCCUGUUAGGAGUACAGUUCCUCUUCAGCCUGUUAGAAGUACAGUUUCUCCACAGUCUGUUAGAAAUACAGUUCCUCCACCUAAAAUAUCCCAAAUUCCUGCACAGACAUCUACCAAUCAAAAAGUACGUGUUCCAGGUAGAAAACCAAUAAGGCGACGUCCUCAAUCUCAGCAACAGGUCGUUAAAGUUCCUACCACUUCGACCUCUCUAAACCAUACAAUUCAAACUGCCCAACACAACAAACAACAGUUUGUCAAAGUUCCUACGACAAAGCCAUCACAAAUUGUACAAUCGUUAGGAAAUGCUCCUAACAAAGUAGAUAUCCAGCAAAAUAAACCUGCGAAUAGUUCACCUUCAAAUCCGACUUCAACGCAUGUCGUUCCACAAUAUUUCCAAAAUCAGUCACAGCAUCAAAGUCCAGUUAUUUUAACUCCAACUAAGGAGAAUUCAUUAAACAUUUAUAAUGGAGUCGCGUCUCAACAACUAGCUGAGCCAGUACUACUUUCUUCGCCCACUAGUUCAGUAAAUUCGUAUAACUCCGAAGUGGGUCAAUAUCCGAUAAAUCCAGUAGCAAACCAGCAAACGGCCCAAUUGAUGAAUUCGCUUUCUCCUCUACAAACCCUAACGGGACAGCAAGUAGGGUAUAAUAAUCAAACAUUCUAUCAGCAGUCCGUAUUACCCAUGUCUCAGGAUUCGAUCAUUAAUCGACCGAACAACGCUUUAAAACAAUUGCAACUGCAAUUUUUGUUGGAUUGCAAUCUACUGGAUCCACUAACGAAAACGAAAAUUCCGUUAGGUACGAACCCUGUGGGUGAUGAUUUUUUCUUUACACCAAUGCCAUACACCAAUCAAAACCCGCAAUUCGCACCUGUAAAUGUAAAACAAAUUCCUUUUAAUCCAUUCAAUCCGCAAACGUAUCUUCCCUCAUUUCCUAAUCUAUUUACUACAACUCCACCGCCAAUAACGGCCGUGAUACUUACGGAUUCCACUACACAAACCACACAGCAACCAGUUUACGUGUCUGUGCAGCCAACACAAAAUUCCCAUAGACGUAAGAACAAAAAGAAAGUGAAGAACGUGUAUGUCGAUUUACCUAUUGUCAGUGAAGUCGGUAAUAUGUUGGACAAAGUGUACAAUUUUAUGGAGGAAUCGUUGGUGACCAAAGUUGUAAAGAAAACUGAAACGCAGCCAGCACGUAGAGGACAAGCUACGAACACACAGCAAACGUCACAUAAUCAAAAUCAUAAUCAAAAUCAAGUUCCUCAAAUUGUUCAAGUCAUACCUAGUAAUCAAAUUGUAGCAGUGUCAGCUAUUGAUGGAAGUAGCGAUGAAGACUACCCGCAUCAUCGUUACACAACACCUUAUUAUCGAACAACCAGAUCGCGAAGACAACGACCAAAAAGGCGACGACGUCCAAGCCCAUACUACUCAAAUCGGUUGCCUAUAAAUAACUGGCAACCAAUCAGUUUUCAUCGCCAAAAAAGAACAACUUUGGUGCCGAACGAUAUUGUGAACAAGGAUAAUCGAAAUAAAAAUUAUUUGACAACGAAAAUUCAUGUGACUAGUGAGUAUGUUGGCCCCCAGCCAACAGAAAGCAUAGAUUAUCCGGUCAAGAAAAAAGUUACCAAGUCCUCUGAAGAGGAUGACGAUGACUACUACGAAGAUUCAUUCCCAUACUUGAGUUUCGACAGUUUGGGAGAAGAGGACGAUGAUGAUGAUGAUGAAGAUGACGACAGUGAUAGUAAUAGUGUACAGACAAAUGAUGACAGUGCCAGUGUUCAAGUCACUAGAAUUAAUUCUAAAAAACAAAAGCGAAAUGAAGUAAAAAAGAAAAUUAGAAAGAACUCUAAAGAACCAAGUUUAGAAAGUGAAUCCUAUGAAGAUGACGUUGAUGAUGGUGAUGAUGACGAUAGUAAUAAUAGCAACGGUGAUUACAAUUUGCCAUCUAUGGGAAUGUUUGGAGACUUUUUCGGCAAUAUGGUUUCAUCAGUAAAUAAAUAUGUUCCAUCAAUGGGCAAGUUGCCCUCGAUAAGCGGCUAUAUUCCAUCUAUCGGUACUUAUUUUCGAGGUGGCAGCGGCAGCAAGGAAUUGGAUUCGAACAAUAUUGACAGAGAAGAACGCAGUACCACUCCACAAAUAGAGACAAGGAAUCCCAAAAAUCCGAAGCAAAUUUUCAGUGACUACAACGAUUAUAAUGGAAUCGACGGUCCAGAAGGAAAUGGAGGCGAUUCAUGGUAUUAUCCAUUUUUCGGUUCAAAUGAAGUAACAACUGCGACUCCAGUUAUAACUGACGCCAGCAAUGACUACUGGAAUUGGUUCGGGAAUAGCAACGAGAACGUUGAAUCCUCAACGGACAGUACUGCUACUAAUCAAAAUAAUUCAGGAUGGUUAUUCGGUCUUUUUGGAAGUGAAGAGUCAAGCUCUCAGGCAACAACAACAACUCCGACGACGACAACGACAAAGCGACCGUUUUUAACGGUGGACAAUCCUAUGUAUAAGCCACAUAAUUGGUUGGGAAUUAUGGCAAGCCACUUACUAAUGAAUAAGCCAAUAAAUAACACACCAUCCGCACCACAGAGGGUAUCCUACGACAACUAUCAAUUGUGGCGUUUGAUGCCUGAAUCAGCGGAUCAAGUCAAAUUCUUAGAAGAUUACCGAACCACACCGGAAGGUGUUAAAUUGCAGUGGUGGAAAGGUCCUACAUUAAGAGGACCAACAGACGUUGUUGUGCCACCAAAUUUGAUGGCUGACGUUAAGGUGUCACUGAAUUAUGAAGAAAUUCCGCACGAGGUCAUUUUAUGGGAUCUAGGGAAAGCCAUUCGAUUUGAAAAUCCACCGAUGUCACGUAGAGAAAAACUGGAAAUUGAAAUUACCCAGGAGCAUCCAAUGUCUUGGUAUCGAUAUCAUCGUUACAAAGACAUCGUCAAAUUUUUAGAAUUUUUGCAACGAAAAUAUCCCAGCUCCGUGGAAUUAAUUCACAUUGGCAAAUCAUUUGAGGGACGUCCACUGAUCGUGGCUAAGGUAUCUGGUCCUCGUAACAGUAAUAGUUGGAAAUCGAAGAGUAAUGAAAAGAAGAAAAAGAAGACAAGCAGACACAGUGUCUUCAUUGAGUCAGGAACGCAUGCACGUGAAUGGAUAACACCAGCAGUGGCCACAUGGAUACUUGACAAACUGGUUAAUGGUUUAAACAGUAGCGAUGCACUUGGAGAAACAAUUCGCUCUGUCGACUGGUAUAUUAUGCCAGUUCUGAACCCAGAUGGUUAUGAAUACAGCCAUCAAUUCGAUCGAUUAUGGCGGAAGACCAGGUCAAAACAUAGAGAAGAAUCUUCAUUGUUGUCCAAUGCAUUCAAUUGGCUGCGUAGAGAACAGAAAGAGAAGGAAGGCAUUUGUUAUGGAACCGACUUGAAUCGAAAUUGGAAUCAUAAUUGGAAUGAAAAGGGCUCUUCGAAGUCGGAAUGCAGUGAAUUUUACGCCGGACCAAACGCAUUUUCUGAGCCCGAAACAAAGGCUUUGUCUAAAUUUCUGGAAGAACAGAAGAAAAAUAUUAAGUUAUACCUGAGCCUACAUUCUUAUGGUCAAAUAAUAUCCUAUCCGAGCCGAGCAAAUGCUUCCUACAAUUCGAUCAAAUCGGACGAUUUACUUGAGAUGGCACAAGUAGCCCUUGAAGCACUUCGAGGUAGUGGCAGCUCAACGCGAUACGUUGUCGAUAAUACCAACGAGAUGAUGUAUGCGAGGUCGGGCUCGUCAGACUUGUAUACAAUGUACGAUCUUGGUAUUAAAUACAGUUACGCUCUGGAACUUAGGGAUAGUGGAACUCAUGGAUUUUUGUUGCCACCAUCUAAUAUUGAUUCAACAGCUAAAGAAACGUUUGAGAUAAUAAAGGGAAUGGUUGAUUACGUUUGA